AGCAUCUUUCAAACUUUGAUACAGAACUUUAUAAUUAUUUCUUUUAAACCAGGUGGGAAUUCUAUAAUAACAACUUCUUUUGGUCCUUCUUUUUAACCUAUUCAUUUUUAAAAGGACAGAUACCAGUUUAAGUAAACUUGCUUAAACAUUUUAAUGUGUGAUGGUACAGCAGUUCUCUGAUAAUUAACUAAAAAAAACGUGGUUUCCAUGGGCCGCCAUCUUCGUUGCCACGACACGUAAGCUAAAGAGAGUUAACCCAGCACAGAAAGUUAAAUCAACACGUAAAAGACGUCAUGGCGCGAAUUUUAUGAAUCGACCAAAAUUUAAUUUUCAACUUGACCUUUUACAACACGGCAAUGGCGGCCUCCGCAUAGAAAAAUCAUCAAGUCACUGUGUUCUACAGUGUAGAUGGUCUUACAUUCCUUUUUGUGUUCGGAAAACUUUCCCGCAUGUGGGGCACGCAUUGUUUUGAGUAGCAGUUGAAGUUUGAGUUGAGACGAUUACGUCUUUUUAUGCUUUUUUUUUUUUUUUUUUUUUUUUAUGAGGCUUGAGUGGUGUGUGCUUCUUCUUCUGUGAGGUUUGUGCUAAAAUACCGAGUUUGACACGCCAUCUUGUUUCAUCCGUAGAAAAAAAGUCUCACAUGAAGACCGUUCAACGUUCAUUGAAAUUGAGUGAAAAUUGUAUACAGAUAUUGAAGCUUUUUUUUUUCCUUCCCACUAGCCUAAAGUUUCCAACUUGAGAAUUAACAGAAAAAAAUAGUCGAUCGGGAAGUCUGAUGUCUGGAAAUCGAUCAACAUUCAUUUUUACGUAGAUAGCUUAGGUGGAGAUGAUUGAAUGACUUGCAUGUCUGCAGUCUCGUUUGCACAUAGUUCGUUUUCGGUUUACCGUGACCUAAAUACACAUAUUAUUAGAGAGAUUUUAACUCCGGCAUGUUAGCAUCGUUGAAAUACAAGAAGAGAAUGUAUGCUUAUAACUCCAAGAUUGUGAUGUCAUUACAGCGUUUACGAUUACUAAACACUUAAAAUUAAGCUGAAAUUAUUUUAACAGUUACGAACACCGGCCUUGUCAUUUUUAUAGUACAAUCACACGGUCUACACCACUCUGAAGCUUUAUAAACAUGAAGCAAAAAUGUUCUGCUUAAACAGGUACUCUAAACUUGGUGAACACCUAGAAGUCUCCUCUUCUGGUGAGCAACAGCCUUCACAUUCACUGCUACAAGAUGCUACCUAACGCCGUGGUAUUUUAUGGACUGAUGGCUCUGUUAUGUAUCGUGGGUAAGUCUCUGUGUUAAAUUUCAUUUAAACAAAGUAUAACAUCCCUUCAUAUUUUUAUGAGCAAAUACCUAAUUCUUUUCAUCAUUAAAGAUACAUACAUGGAGGACUAUGUUAAGGUUAUGGCAAUGAAAAUUAUACUUUUUGUAAAAGAACAUAUGUCUCAUCCAUCUUUAAAUCUAUAUCUUGACUGUAUAAUAUCUUAUCACUGUAGAUACAUGUCUAUGAGUCUAUUCACGUGUUGUUGUCUAAGAGUAUAAAAAAAUCUUUAUCGAUGACACCGCAUGUGAAAAUAUACUAAGUUGAAUUAUUUUUAUUAUUUUUAUUUUUAAAAAAAAUAUAGCAAUUAAAUUUCUUACUUGCCAAAUAUACACGGGAUCAUAUACAUAAAUAUGUAGAGAUCGAAUGACCAUGAAGCAGUGGCAAGAGGCAUAUGAAUACGUGCGUUUCUAUGAAAUUUUGGUGGUUUCAUCAGUAAUAUUUGAUGUAUCUUAUGAUGAAUUCAAUCUCUAAGCAAUAAACCUCGUAGUAGAGUUAAUGUUGUAUUCUACUAGCUGCAUCUCAGCAAAAUCCUCGAAGUCCAGGUUGACGUGAUUGUGUAACAUCUAGCUUCAACUCAGCGAGGUCAUCAAAGCCAGAGUUGACGUGAUGGUGUAACAUCUAGCUUCAACCCAGUGAGGUCAUCAAACUCAGAGUUGAAGUGAUGGUGUAAUAUCUAGCUUCAACUCAGCGAGGUCAUCAAAGUCAGAGUUGACGUCAUGAUGUAACAUCUGGCUUCAACUCAGCGAGGUCAUCAAAGCCAGAGUUGACGUGAUGGUGUAACAUCUAGCUUCAACUAAGCGAGGUCAUCAAAGCCAGAGUUGACGUGAUGGUGUAACAUCUAGCUUCAACUCAACGAGGUCAUCAAAGUCAGAGUUGAGUUGAUGGUGUAACAUCUGGCUUCAACUCAGCGAGGUCAUCAAAGUCAGAGUUGACGUGAUGGUGUAACAUCUGGCUUCAUCUCAGCGAGGUCAUCAAAGCCAGAGUUGACGUGAUGGUGUAACAUCUAACUUCAACCCAGUGAGGUCAUCAAACUCAGAGUUGACGUGAUGGUGUAACAUCUAGCUUCAACUUAGCGAGGUCAUCAAAGUCAGAGUUGACGUCAUGGAAUAACAUCUGGCUUCAACUCAGCGAGGUCAUCAAAGUCAGAGUUGACGUGAUGGUGUAACAUCUAGCUUCAACUCAGCGAGGUAAUCAAAGUCAGAGUUGACGUGAUGGUGUAACAUCUGGCUUCAACUCAGCGAGGUCAUCAAAGUCAGAGUUGACGUGAUGGUGUAACAUCUGGCUUCAUCUCAGCGAGGUCAUCAAAGCCAGAGCUUACGUGAUGGUGUAACAUCUAGCUUCAACUCAGCGAGGUCAUCAAAGCCAGAGUUGACGUGAUGGUGUAACAUCUAGCUUCAACUCAGAGAGGUUAUCAAAGUCAGAGUUGACUUGAUGGUGUAACAUCUAGCUUCAACUCAGAGAGGUCAUCAAAGUCAGAUUUGACUUGAUGGUGUAACAUCUAGCUUCAACUCAGAGAGGUCAUCAAAGCCAGAGUUGACGUGAUGGUGUAACAUCUAGCUUCAACUCAGAGAGGUCAUCAAAGCCAGAGUUGACGUGAUGGUGUAAAAUCUAGCUUAACCUCUGUGAGGUCAUCAAAGCCAGAGUUGACGUGAUGGUGUUACAUCUAGCUUCAACUAAGAGAGGUCAUCAAAGCCAGAGUUGGGGUGAUGGUGUAUCUUCAAGCUUUACCUCAAAGGACUCUUUCAAGUCCAAGUUGACAAGAUGGUGUAUGUUUCUAGCUAAAUAUUCUGGAUCUUGGCAAUAUCUGAUAGUGUAAGGUCGAUGCUAUUAAAAACAGUUGAUAAGAGAAUUUUUUUUUUUUUAAAUGUAAGCUAAAAUGAAGAAACCUAUCUUCAGGUUUCAUUAAAUUUAAAAAAGAAAAAUCUAUAGUGAACCUUGAGUAGGUAAAGGAACAAAUCCGAAAAUAAGGAGAGUUACUUGCAAACUUACCAAAGUACACUUAACUCUUUUUUAGUAAAUAUGUUGCAUUGUUGUGUUUUUUUUUUUAAAUAUCAGAAGUAGAAAGUGUUAACCCGACAAAAGAUUUCCAGGCAAUACUUAUUGGUAGAAAGGCUUCAAUUUUGUGGAGGAAGAUAGAAAAUAUUAGCCCUUGUAUUAUACCUUGAGAAUUGCCUUCUACUUGAUAUAAUAAGUUUCGGGCAUACAUUAUUUUGAUUAGGUCAUAAAAUAUUCCAGAUUUGAUUGAUUGUGUAUUUUAAUUAUGCGUCUUGUCUCUCCUUGAAUCUUAAUGCAAGGACUUACAGUUUACAGUCUGCAUUUAUAAGUUGAAAUAAAUUUUUACAGGCGUGGACUUUCCCUUCGCAUCCCUUUUUUUUUACAAUCCUAAACUCCAAGCUCGUUACCGAUAUGAAAUAUGACGUCAAAUAACUAUUCGAGGAGCUCCACAUUGCGUUCUGGCAACCAUUGAAUCUUCGACAGUUUGAAAUAAUGGUUUUACAAACGGUUCAUUAAAUCUUAGAUUGACAUGUGUCUUCUAUUUUUGUCUUGAUCAAUCUAUUUAUUUAGGUGUCAACACUGAUACAGAGGGCCCGAAGAUUGUUGAAAACUGUCAGGAGAGAACUGGCGCGUGCAGGAAAAUUGCAACAAAGGAUGAUGAGAUUGUGUAAGAGAAACGUAUUUUUGCUAUGAGCUUUCGCCCACGUUAUCAAGCAUCUAUCUCAAGAACUUAAGUAUUCUGUUCUUUAAUAGAUGAGUUGUGUGAAUGACGUAGGAAGGCGGAGACGAUAGAUGAAACAGUAUCCACCCAUAAAGGGAAUGUCUUCUUUGUGUUUGUUGCCCUAGUUUAGGACCAUUGCAGAGCUUUCGGGGGAGAGCAUCCUAUCCACAAGCUAAGAAAAUGCAUCCUUUUUUAAAACAUCUCAAUAAAUGUAAUACUACUGAGCGAGUGCGCCAUUCUUUUUGUAUGAGAAUAUCUGCCAACCCAACUCAAAACAAAUAAUCAAUAAAUUGUUUGUUGUAUUUUUUUUCAGAGAGAAAGAAAAGGAAAUAGUUUCCUGCUUCAUGGCCUAUGUAUGCAAGGGUGAGGAAGAUGAACAUAGGGUGAAAGCUUUGAUGGAAUAUGGAGGAAAGGUUGCAGGUAAUUGCAUUUAUUAUUUUAAUUGUGCUUUACAAAUUUAAUUAGAGGAGUGGUUCUUAACCUUUUUGGAGGUACCAAACCCCACCACUUUCAUAUGCGCAUUCACCAAACCCUUCUUAAUGGGAAAAAAUUAUUUUUUUUUUCUUAUUUUAUUUUUUGCCCUCCGCCGAACCCCUCAGACUCACUCGCCGAACCCCUGGGGUUCGAUCGAACCCAGGUUAAGAACCACUGAAUUAGAAGUAGGACCUUUGACAUUGCUUCUGGCUCUACUUUAACGUUUGCGCCAUUUUCAUUACUUUAAGCUUCUAGCUCAUCAGUCGGUGUUCGUCACCAGGAGAAGAUGCCUGGGCUUCCGGUCUCCUUAAAUAGUGUGCGAGAAUUGUAUGAUGAUAACCAGGUAGUGCAACGAUGGCAUGGCUAAUGGCUCUGCUUUCUCUGUACUUUUGAAACACCGUAUAAAUGAGCAAGUGAGAGAGAGAGAGAGAGAGAGGGAAAGAGAGAGAGAGAGAGAGAGAGAGAGAGAGAGAGAGAGAGGGGGGGAGAGAGAGAGAGAAAUUGAGUAUAGAAGAAUUGAGCGUGACAUUGCGUGGUUGGUGUCUUAUCACACGAACUUUUCGUGCGUUAAACUUCACCGACUAUCUGUACUUUUGAGACACAGUAUAAAAGAGAAAGAGAGAGAGAGAGAGAGAGAGAGAGAGAGAGAGAGAGAGAGAGAGAGAGAGAGAGAGAGAGAGAGAGAGGGGGGAAGAGAGAGAGAGAAAUUGAGUAUAGACGAAUUGAACGUGACAUUGCCUGGUUGCUGUCUUAUCACACGAACUUUUCGUGCGUUAAACUUCACCGACUUCAUUGACAAAGGGGGGACGUUCAAGCCUGGUUCCUUUUGAUCAACUUCAGAAAAGGAUUCUCACGCUUUUGGUAUCGGUAAUCGUUUUUGAUAGUAAGAAUUAUUUUGUGUCACCCGAAUCGAAGCAGAGCUAAAUGGGGUUCGGUUUCUAAAAGUAUUUACACAUUUUAUUUAACUGUGGUGUUAAUGUUUUUUCAUAUUGACAAAUAAACUAUAUUGUCCACAUAACAAUAGUUCAGAUUAACACAAUUAAAUAAUUUCGAUGCAUUAAAUUUCGAGCUAAUUUUUUUUUUUUUAAUCCUUAUGUGAUUAAAGCUAAGCUGACAAAGAUAAACAUGAAAUUGAUUAAAAAUGUGUUUCAGAUUCGAAAUUGGGCCCAUUCAUUCCCGAAACAGGGAAUAUGGGCGAGUUUGGCCCACAUCCCGGCGUCACCGACAAGCCCACCAACAUGGCAGUGAUCAUCAGCGUUUCCUACAAAACAUUGGUCGCCAGCGCUGUCACAAUGUUCCUCUUGGCUUAGAUCUGAAAGAACAAGGAACACGUGAAAAAAGCAAUUAUUGUACUCAAAGGUUAAUCUGUUAUUUCAACUUAUGAGAGAGCAGUAAAAUUGUAUAGCCAUCUGAGGAAACAGUGAGAUAACCUUUGGAAGAGUUUCAAGAACGCUGUUGAAUAAUAGCAAAAUAGUUGAAUAAGAACAAAAUUUAAUAU